CUUAGUGUCAGUGAUUCGGAAACUUUGGUCCAAAGCAAUCUUAACUCCAACUCGAGAAGAGUCGUGGUACACAGCAGAUCAAUCUGAUCAAUUCUUUUGAACUCAGCGGCAACCAUCUGGGAGCUCGACGAACACAGUACCUCUCUUUUGUUAUUCACGGAGGCAUGUCUUUGUACCGCGUACAGCUCUCAGAAUGUCCUUUUGACACCUUAUUUCUUUAAGAUCUGACAAGUCUCAGACUCCGAAGACUAAUGGGCGAUCGUACCAGCUCGUCCGCUGCUCCCACUGAAAUGUCGAGCUCCGCCGCCGAUCGACCCUCAACGAGUGCUAGCUCGAAGAUGGACGUGGAUGAUGACGAUGCCAAUUUUAAGGAAGAGCAACGACGUUUGCUUAUCGCGCACCUGGCUACCACGGUGAACGGAUGCCUGUCGGAACUUGGAUACUUCCCUGGAACAGUUCAGAAGUUACAACAAUUGGAAAACGAGAACCUUUUUCUUCGAGAGCAGUAUAACGGCAUAUUCUCUGAUAACAAAAAACUUUUACAUUGGCAUAAUUUAGCGAACAAGGAGCUUAAUCUCCUUAGGCAGGAGUUAGGUCGAUUAGGUGUUGUUAUUCCUAACUAUCGUCCAUUGCCGCCGCUGCAGGUCCCGCAAGCUACCCAACAAUCUCAACAACAUCCUCCGAUACGUAUGAGACCACCAGUUGGGUUUGCUGGCCCAUCACAAGGCAUGGCUCCGCCAAGGUCGCAUUCCCGACGCGUGUCUCUCCCUGCGAUCCAGGCCGGGGCUUUUCAAGGCGUUGGAAGACCACCAUCAUCAGCAUCUGGAUCAUCGCCUAUGUCACUUCAAGAUGUCGCAGACCAGAUACCUCACAUAGCACGCAUGGGCAACAUGCAAGGACCAUCUAAUGUAGUUAUCACGUCUACCUCCAGCCCUGCGUCCGCCUCUACCCCCGCGCGGUUUCCUGCUCCUGGGCCUCCGAUCGCUUUCCAAAACCAAUCCAGACAUGACCAACCCAUGGAAAUCAUUGACCUCACGGACAUUGACGGUGACGAUUCGCCGAUCUCAGAAGGAACGCGAAAGAAACCGCGACUAGAGCCGCCUGAUCAGGACGUUUUCACGUUAGGUGGACAACUUCAAGAAGUUGCGAUUCAAUCUCCGAAUUAUCCAGAAUCAGAGAAUGGUACCGGUUUUUCAACGCCUGUUGGAGGCGGUGUUAGCGGAGCAAUCCAAGCUGAGGAAGAAGAAGAGGACAUAGAACUUGAUGAAGACGGUCUAUGUACCAUCGAUUUCUGCAUCAGAGCUGCAUUCACCGACGAUGAAGGCAAUGGACGAAUAUGCAGGAUGUGCGAAGCUCGAUAUAACGUUACGGUUGAUGAGGACCCUUCGGUAGAGAAACCCAAACCAUUCGUCAAUGCAGAGAUAGCGGAUUUGGUCAAACAUUGCGAGACCGAGCAUCCCAUUGGGUGGAAGACUCUCAGGACGCCACCGGACGCGUCUGAUUCGCCCUGAAUUUCGACCUCUGUAUAUCCAUGUUCUUUAUACCCUCCAUCUUGAGGGCCCUCGUUGUACGGCCGGCCAAUGUAGCAUAUUUCUUGGAAGGCGCAGGCUGAGGCGAGUAUGUAAUGUAAUUAGUAGUGUAUGACGAUAUAUGGACAUUUGCCUAUAUGCGAGUCAAAGCUUGAAGCGUUACAGUGACGUCCAGGAGUGGGUACAAUAUAUGAAUGCACCAUGAAGAUUACCAGCUAGAUAUACAUAGUAUAACAAUAGAAUACAGUUCCAAAGGUCCAAAUGCAGACAUGCGAUGUACCGUGUCAUUUACGCAUUCGCUUCUUGAAGCGUUCCAUGAC